AUGAACUUGAGUUUGAUCAAGAAAGACAAUUUCACAAAUGAGAAAGCUAAAAUAGCACAUAAACUCAAAUCAAUGAAUUUUUUAAACAACAAGAUCAUAGAUUUUGAUGAAGCUCAAGAAAAAGCUAAAGAUAAAGAUGAAUUAAUUCAAGAUAUUAUUGAUUAUAAAAUUCCAACAUUACCAUUACCAAAUAAUUAUCAAAAAAGAUUACCAAAAUUAAAUUGUUAUUUAAAAACAAGACUUAAUUUUUUAUCAAUGGAAAUUUAUAAUAGUUCAAAUACAACUAAUAAAUUUUUAAAUGAUCAUGUUGAAGAAUUAGAUCUUGAUUUUGUUGCUUUCACAAAUAAAUUUAAAAUUAAAUUAUAUAAAUCUAUAAAAUUUUUAGUCAAUUCAAUAAUUGAAAUAUCUAAAAUUUGGUAUAAUUCACCAAUGUUUAGUUUUGAAGUUAUAAAAAUCAUAUUAGAAGAAAGUUCAAAUUUUAUAGUUGGUAAUCCAUUCGAUCCUAUUUUAAUUGAAUGUUUUUGUUUUACAUUAUUUUCAGAUUAUGAGAUUUUAAAUCUUGUUAAAUAUUUAAAUUAUGAAUUGAAAAAACUGAAAUUUAAUAAAUUUAAAAAGGAUAUUAGUUUAAAUAUGUUAAUUGUUUUUAAUUUACCUGUAAAAAAUGAUUUUGAAUUUGCUAAUAGUUUAAUUUCUAAAUUUAUAACUUUAUGGGUCUAUGCAUUAAUGGAUAUAAAUUAA